AUGUGCCAAGGCCAAGGCGGGUUUAUUAAAAUGUCUGAAGGGCCGGGGAGGGGUUGUUUGAUGACAUUUCUAGUUCUUACCUCGUUAAUCUACAAGUCAUCUCAGAUAGGUUCAGUUACACCAGAAAUUAUUGUACUAGAUACCAAUGGCAACCAAAAAGAAUUAGAUGGUAUUGCUAUUGUUUACAAUUCCUACGUCACUUUAAUUUGCCGUACAGUAUCUGACGAACAUCUUCUAAGAUGGCUGUAUGCACCAUCACAAGAUGGAACGUUUACGCCACUAAAUAAUACAGGCCAUAUUACCAUUUCGUCUCAAAAAAAUGAAGAAGUAUCGUUGCUACUCGUCAGCGUUCAGUUUAAUAUGUCGGGCGUAUAUCAGUGUACUAAUGGACUUGCCAGUCGUCAGAUAGAUGUUCACGUUUAUGGAGUUUUAAACAAGAUUAGUAGUACUGUCCACUUGAUAAAAAAACAUGAGGUGGUUGGUGCUUACAGUCUUCAGAUUAACACAAUCAAUUCAAGUUAUCAUCCUGUUGUUGCGUGUGAAUUCCGAGUUGGUUCAAACGGUAUACGAUACACUACUGUCCGUUGGAGAGGCGGAAAGUAUCAUGUUAAACCCAAUCUUUACAAAGUUACUGAGAGUCGAGACGAAAAGUCUGGCAUUAUAUGGAGUAAUUUGACAUUGCUUCAUCCUUCCUAUGACCAAGAACUGUACGGAAAAUAUUAUUGCAUGUUCAAUAUUGUGCCUGGUACUAUGGAGACAGCUGAAUUACAAAUAAGCAUUCCACCAUUAAUACACAAAAAUGAACGUAGUGUAAAUCUUUAUUCUGGUGUGAAAUACACUUACUUCUGUGAUAUUAUUGCCUACCCACCAAUCACUGAACCUAUUUCAUGGAUGAGGAAUGAUGUUCCUCUAGUAAUCCAACAUAAUGGUCGAAUUCCUGUUCAUGAUAAUUCUGAAAAUCGUAUACAUUUUGAAAGUAAAAACGUUCUCAAUGAUCAAAUUGUAUUCGAUACAAUACAACCAGAUGAUAGAGCUGUCUAUUCAUGUUUUGUUCGUGGAGCAUUUGGAAAUGAUACAGCAGCUUUCUUUUUACGAGUAAAAGAUCGUCGUGCUCCUCUAUGGCCUUUAAUUGGUAUUAUCCUAGAGGUGGUAGUUUUGUUCAUAAUUAUUUUAAUUUAUGAAUUAAAACGCCGUGAGCGUACUAAACGAGAAGAAGCUGAAGAAAAUUUGGUCACAUCUAGCAAAACACCAAAUGCAGCAUAUGGAAUUGAUGAAGCGAGUGAGAAUAUGUUAUUACGACAACGAGGUGAUCGUCACUAG